AUGGCGCUUCUUCUUCUUUUCUUUCAGCUCCUUCUUGCUUUGUUGGUCUCCUCCCAGCAUAACGUGUUGAGAGAUGCCACCACUACCUGGGAUAAAGCCCCUGGUGCUUCGACUCUCCCCUCUGGAACUGCCUCUAAUUGUAACCACUGGUACACCAUCAAGAAAGGAGAUAACUGCUACACCGUGGAAACCGCCUUUAACAUCAAACACGAAGACUUCAUCCGCUGGAACGCAGCCGUCUCUGAUGAUUGUGUCACGAACUUCUGGCUUGGCUAUGCGUACUGCGUGGGUGUUGGUCCCCGUGACAAACCUGUUGAACCGACUCCUGCCCCCCCUCCUCCCACCGAUGAACCUUCUAAGGAUCCCUCUCCUCCUCCCACCGAUGCGCCUCCUGAGAAGCCCCCUCCUGAGACAACCGCUCCUCCGGGCACGAAUGUCCCUCCUGGAACCGGGACUCCUCCCCCUGACAAACCCCCAGUUACGAGUGGCCCGUCGACCAACGGAAGCUACUCCAUCAUCAAUCCCAUAACGACUUGGACGCCACCACCUCGGGCUAACACCACAACGACCGCCCCCUGGCCACCUACGAAGACGCAGCCCGGACAGCCAGCACACUGCAACAAUUGGUACGAGGUCAAUCCGGGAGAUAAUUGUGACAGAAUUUUGGUUCGUGCUGGCUCAUGGGUGAGCUUGGAGAUGCUAUUGCAGUGGAACCCCUCGCUGAAAGAUAACUGCAACAGCCCGUUUAUUGGCUGGUGGGUGUGUAUCGGGGUCGAGUCGACAGAGACAUUCACCUACAUAUACCCUACGAACAACACGGCGCCGCCUCCCACUAGUUAUACGCCGCCGUCGCGGCCACCAAUGACCAUGACUACUUUUACGCCCUCUCCAACCCAGUCUGGGCUUGCAACCGACUGCCAGGAAUUCUACCACGCUACAAAGGGAGACACAUGCUCGGAGAUCCUCGAUCUCUAUGAGGGAAUAGUCGACAACAAAAGAUUCCACGAGAUCAACCCAGCUCUUGGACCAGCGCCAGAAUGCACCGGUCUCAAACCCGACUACUAUUACUGUGUCAUGGCCUAUCCGGAUGACAAUCCCCCAAUGCCCCCGACAGUGACCACCGCGCCUAUGCCCCCGCCCUCUGACACGGCCAAAAACUGCACAACAUGGUACCAAGCCGUCGGCAUCCAGACAUGCCAAGGCAUUAUCUCCGAUUUCGGGACCUUCACCGAAGAGCAGUUCAUCGCGUGGAAUCCAUCCGUGGCAAGCCGCUGCAACAGUCUCCCGGAAGACACCUGGUACUGCGUCGCAGACGCCGACACCCCAUUAACUCGCACUGCACCCUACGACCCGGGCCCGACCGCAGGACACCACCAGCCCAACGUGACACAAAGCUGCAACAAAUGGUGGUUCGUCGGACUCAGCGAUUCAUGCAAGGGCAUUGCCCUCCGAGCCGGCAUCUCCGAGAUGGCCUUCUACGAGUGGAACCCGGAUGUCUCGUCGGAGCGGUACUGCGACAAUCUGAUCGCCGGAAGCGAAGUCUGCGUAGGCGUUUCCCCCAACGGAACCAUCCCUGUACCAUCCUCCAACGGAACCAUCCCGGUGCCUACCACACCCGGAAAGAAGCCGACCCUCACGCCGAGCAAGUCCCCCAGCUUUCGCGGGCCAACCAGCGGCUCCUUCAGUGUUCUUCCCACGACUCCGCUCCCCACGGAGCCUGACCAUAUUAUCAGCCUCCCAACGGGCUCCAUCACCGAGACAGACGCCAUGACCACCGUGUCAGAGGGAGACCCCCGCGGCACCGCCUCCGACACCGAUCCCUGGCCGCCUAGCUCGGCGCCAUCUACCACCCGCCACACCCGCCCUGCGCCUAUUCCUACCGGAAAGCGCUGUGUCCCUAAGCACGGCAAGGAGGUAACGGCUAGCGAGGACGCGACUGACUAUGGCAAGUCGCCUGUUGGUAGGGAGACGGCUUCGGCUGAUGAUUGUGUUGAGACUGCUGAGGCUACUGAAAGUGCUACUUUGAUGGAUUGA